CAGCAUCACUGAAAAUAGAUAAAAAUAAAUUUUGAGAGAUGCAAAUAAUCGACUGCUCCUUUUAAAAGUGGAUAUAACGCGUAUAUAUAUCUCGCACUGGAAGGAGGAUUUCCGGGAUUGCCUCAAUUUUCAAAAAAUUAAUUAUAUAUACGUAAAUACGUAAAGUUAUAAAUUAGAUAACAUAAACAAAUAUUUCCCAAAGUAAAAUCUUAUUAAACGCAAAGCAAUGCAUAGUAAAGAAAGAUGGCAGUUGCCUAGGUGACAGAUAAACAGAGGGGUUGCUAUCGCCAACAAAUAUUAUUGAUAUAUCUUUUCGAUUACGUUUACAAAAGAAAUCUAUUAUUUACCUUGGACAUGUCCGAUAUCGCGGAAAACCUUCUCGAUCAGUAUUACGGAAUUUCCAAGGAUUCGAAAGCUGAAAAGUUACUAUCAAUUCAGGAAUGUGUGGGCAACAUAGAAAACAAUCAAGACAAACUGAAUGGCGAACAAUCGACAUUGGAUACGAACGGCAACGACACGUCCAGCGAAACAGAAGUGCAAGAAAACGAUGUAGAAAACGUGGAAGAGACUUCCGAGAUUGACAUUCCGGCGAGAUCCUCGAGAGUGUUAGAAUCGCUCGAAAACGAUGAAGAAACGUCAUCCGGAUUCGAUGUUAUUUUUGAAGCAAAUACGACGAGCAAUUUACAUGAAAAUACAUACGCUUCCUCGAGUAAAGAAACAUAUGCUCUCACUACAGCACACAGCAAGACCGGCUCCAGCACUUUGGGUUUGGAAGGAAACGAGUCGUAUCUCUCGCUGAGCGAAGAUGUGCUGCCGGAUAGUGCUUCAGAUGUUUCCUCGAUAGCGGGAAAAAAGAAGCCGAAAAAGUCAGCGGUUACAUUUGUCGCGUCUUCGACGCCACCACCAAGUAGAACUCCGCUAUACAACGAGGCUUUUGUAGACUUAACCAGUGUUGGCCUUACGUCACUUCCUAUUGAAACGAUUGAAAAAUAUCCCGCAAUACAAAUGCUAUAUUUAGAAAAUAAUAGUCUUACCGAGCUUCCCAAGGAACUUUUCGUUUUUCUGCAACAUUUGCAAUGGCUGGAUGUUCGAAAUAAUCUGUUGACGAGCUUACCUACGAGCAUUCAAUCGCAUCCUUCGCUGGAAACCAUUUUGCUGCAAGAAAAUAAAAUCGAAAAAUUGCCAUUAGAACUUUGCUUGGUGCCAAAACUUAAAACUCUCAAUGUUGCACAUAAUCCUAUCAUUGUGCCUCCAAAGGAUAUCAUAGCUCUAGGAUGUUCAAGUAUUCUUAACUAUCUCCGAUCUGAAUGGAAUAAAUUACAUCCAAAUGAGCCCGUAACGUUUAUAAAACAGAAGAUUGAACCGAAAGCAUCAAUGAUUUUGUGUUAUCGAUCUCCACGCGAAAAGCGAUGGAAAUUAUCAAAGGCUCCGCGGCAAACAUCAAAAAGCACAAACGAUAUCGGCGGUUCGUUCAAAGGCACUGGAAUCAGGAAGAAAAGUAGAGCUUACAAGCCUAGCAACAGAUGCGAAAGUAAAGGUACUGAUAUUAUUAUGGAACAGCGGCUGCAAUGGAUUUCUAAAGCAAGAGAUUUACUGAACAUACAAUCGGCAACAAUUCAAAGAAUUAAAGAUUCAAACACUGUAAAGAAAUGGAGACGCGACAAACGAAGCUUUAGUAAAAGCAUGGAAAAAAUAAUGAAAAGAAAUGAAGAUGAUAUUCCGUUUGCAAUCGACGUUGAAGAUUAUCCUGCCAUACGAAAACGAUCACAAAAAGCGGUAUGAAAGUUCAAUAUAUUUUGUGUCGAGAACAUAGAAUUGAAAAGUUAAUAAGAAUUAUUUUAUUGUUGCUUAAUUGCUAGGGAGAUUAUGCAGAUAACCAGAAAAAGAAAUGUUUGAGAUCAAUGUAAGUUAAAUAAUGCAUAUUUCG